CCCCGCGCCCCCCGCGCCCAGAGCCGCUGCGCCUCGGAGUCGGAGCGCGGGUUGCGGAGCGCGGAGCCCGCAGGCGGCGGGAACAAAGCGGCGGCGGCGAGGGCGGCCCAGGCCCGGGACCCGCGGAGCGAGCGACCCGCCGGGCCUUUGUCUCGGGCGGGGCAGGCGCGGCGGCGGCCGGGGGGCGCCCCGAGCGCAGAAUGCGGCGCGCGGCGGGGCCGAUUGCGGAGCGCUGCGGCGGCGGACGGCGGGCAGCCCGGCCCGGGGCCCGCGGGGACUCGUGUGUGUGAACGGGGGACCCGGCGCGCCGCCUGGAGCCCACCCCGCGGCCGCACGUGGGCGGGAGCCGCGGCCCGCGCGGAGCCCGAGGAGGAAGCGGAGGGAGCGCCGCGGGGACCGGGGCGGCCGCUCGAAGCCCCGCCCCGGCCGCCGAGCCCGGCGCGGCCGGGCGGGAUGCCCCGCGGCCGCCGCACUUGGGCCCGCGCGCGGCGCUGAGCGGCCGGGGCGCCAUGGAGCAGUGGCGGCAGUGCGGCCGCUGGCUCAUCGACUGCAAGGUCCUGCCGCCCAACCACCGCGUGGUGUGGCCCUCGGCCGUGGCUUUCGACCUGGCGCAGGCGCUGCGGGACGGGGUGCUGCUGUGCCAGCUGCUGCACAACCUGUCCCCCGGCUCCAUCGACCUCAAGGACAUCAACUUCCGACCGCAGAUGUCCCAGUUCCUGUGCUUGAAAAACAUCCGCACCUUCCUGAAGGUCUGCCACGACAAGUUCGGGCUGAGGAACAGCGAGCUGUUUGACCCCUUCGACCUCUUCGAUGUCCGAGACUUCGGGAAGGUCAUCUCUGCCGUGUCCAGACUGUCCCUGCACAAUGUGGCCCAGAACAAAGGAAUCAGGCCCUUCCCCUCGGAGGAGACGGCGGAGAAUGACGAUGACGUCUACCGCAGCCUGGAGGAGCUGGCCGACGAGCACGACGUGGGGGAGGACAUCUACGACUGCGUCCCGUGUGAGGAUGAGGGGGACGACAUCUACGAGGACAUCAUCAAGGUGGAGGUGCAGCAGCCCAUGAAAAUGGGCAUGACGGAGGAUGACAAGAGGACGUGCUGCCUGCUGGAGAUCCAGGAGACCGAGGCCAAGUACUACCGCACACUGGAGGACAUCGAGAAGAACUACAUGGGCCCCCUGAGGCUGGUGCUGAGCCCGGCGGACAUGGUGGCUGUCUUCAUCAACCUGGAGGACCUGAUCAGGGUGCACCACAGCUUCCUGCGGGCCAUCGACGUGGCCAUGAUGGCGGGCGGCGGCACGCUGGCCAAGGUCUUCCUGGAGUUCAAGGAGAGGCUCCUGAUCUACGGGGAGUACUGCAGCCACAUGGAGCACGCUCAGAACACGCUGAACCAGCUCCUCGCCAGCCGGGAGGACUUCAGGCUGAAAGUGGAGUUCCGGCCUCAGGUCUGCCCCCGGCCGGGUGUGGGAGCGUUGGGGUCCAGCGUCCCCGGGCAAGGACGCCCCUCAUCGCCUUGCUGCCCCGACUCCCAGGAAUGCUCGCUGAAGGUCCAGGACGGGAAGUUCAAGCUGCAGGACCUGCUGGUGGUGCCCAUGCAGCGGGUGCUCAAGUACCACCUCCUCCUGAAGGAACUUCUGAGCCAUUCCACCGACCGGCCUGAGAGGCAGCAGCUGAAGGAAGCGCUGGAAGCCAUGCAGGACUUGGCAAUGUACAUAAAUGAAGUGAAGCGGGACAAAGAGACCCUGAAGAAAAUCAGCGAGUUCCAGAGCUCCAUAGAGAACCUGCAAGUGAAACUGGAGGAGUUCGGGCGGCCGAAGAUCGACGGGGAGCUGAAGGUCCGGUCCAUCGUUAACCACACCAAGCAGGACAGGUACCUGUUCCUGUUCGACAAGGUGGUCAUCGUCUGCAAGAGGAGGGGCUACAGCUACGAGCUGAAGGAGGUCAUCGAGCUGCUCUCCCACAAGGUGACCGACGACCCCAUGAACAACAAGGACAUCAAGAAGUGGUCCUAUGGCUUCUACCUGAUCCACCUGCAAGGCAAGCAGGGCUUCCAGUUCUUCUGCAAAACCGAGGACACGAAGCGGAAGUGGAUGGAGCAGUUCGAGAUGGCCAUGUCCAACGUCAAGCCCGACAAAGCCAACGCCAACCACCACAGCUUCCAGAUGUACACGUUCGACAAGACCACCAACUGCAAGGCCUGCAGGAUGUUCCUCCGGGGCACCUUCUACCAGGGCUACCUGUGCACCAAGUGUGGCGUCGGGGCGCACAAGGAGUGCCUGGAGGUGACGCCUCCCUGCAAGAUCAGUUCGCCUGCUGACGCGGACGCCUCUGGAGCGGGACCAGGUCCCAAGAUGGUGGCUGUGCAGAAUUACCACGGCAACCCCGCUCCCCCUGGGAAGCCGGUGCUGACCUUCCAGACGGGCGACGUGAUUGAGCUGCUAAGAGGGGACCCCGAGUCUCAGUGGUGGGAGGGGCGGCUGGUGCAGACCAGGAAGUCCGGCUGCUUCCCCAGCGCGUCUGUGAAGCCGUGCCCUGUGGACGGACGGCCACCCAUCGGCCGGCUACCAUCCCGGGAGAUCGACUACAGUGCUUACCCCUGGUUCGCAGGCAACAUGGAGCGGCAGCAGACGGACAACCUGCUCAAAUCCCACGCCAGCGGGACCUACCUGGUCCGCGAGCGGCCGGCUGAGGCGGAGCGCUUCGCCAUCAGCAUCAAGUUCAACGACGAGGUGAAGCACAUUAAGGUGGUGGAGAAAGACAGCUGGAUCCACAUCACGGAAGCCAAGAAGUUUGAAAGCCUCUUGGAGCUGGUGGAGUACUACCAGUGCCACUCUCUGAAGGAGAGCUUCAAGCAGCUGGACACCACGCUCAAGUACCCCUACAAGUCCCGGGAACGUGCGGCCUCCAGGACCUCCAGCCGGUCCCCAGUGUUCACGCCCCGCGUCAUCGGCACGGCCGUGGCCAGGUACAACUUCGCGGCCCGGGACCUGCGGGAGCUCUCGCUGCGGGAAGGCGACGUGGUGAGGAUCUACAGCCGCAUCGGCGGGGACCAGGGCUGGUGGCGGGGCGAGACGAACGGCCGGAUCGGCUGGUUUCCUUCAACCUACGUGGAAGAGGAGGGCAUCCAGUGACAGGGACGCAGGCAGGACUCGGGGACUGCUGUGGGCGUCCGCGUCCAGUCCUGGGACCCAGAGGGGGACAUGCCUGCCGACCUUCCAUCUCCAACAGCCCACGGGGAUGGGGAGGGUGUUCAGAGUCCUAACCGCAAACCGUGCCCCGCCCGUCUGCCCUCGGGGCCUGUCCUGGGUUCGCCGCUUGUACAUAGAGGAACCGGGCGGCUUGCAUGGCUGCCCCGCCGGAGCGCCGAGGCCAGAGCGCCCGGGUCGAGUGGGCCAGCGCCGGGCGGCAGCCGAGGGUGGAGCUCGUCUUGCUCCGUCCUGUCCGGGCGGCAUUCAGAAGCCUGGGCGGCAACAGCUGAUGCCGUGGGGGGCGGGGGGGGGUGGCUUCCCCCACUUCGCUCAGCCCUGGACUCAGCCCUCCUGCUUCCUGCUGCUCCCAGGGUGACUCGGGCGUAGGAGAGGGCAUUGGAGGGGCCUGGCCGUCCCCUGACCUCCCCGUGUCCCUCUGCCCCAGGGCAUGCGGAGGAACCCCCCCCCCCGGCCCCCCGCCGGCACCUCUCAGGAAGGUGCCCUGGGAGCGAGGGACCUCCCCCCUGCCCCCUGCCCCCUGGUCGAUGGUACUGUCUUUGCCCGAACCCGAGGCUGUCUGUCCUGCCUGCUGCCGGGAGACGUCUGGAGACCCGAUGCGGGCGGGAAGAACACGGCGUCCCCUUGCUGUCCCUGCUGCUCACAUUCCUGUCCAGCAGGGGGCGCCACGCUCCCGUGCGGGGUGCCCUCGGGGUCUCCUGUGUCCUGCAAGGGGGUCUCGCCCUGGACGGGUCUUCCUGCCGGGAGCUCCCAUAGCUCGUGAACGGGCCCCGAAAUAAGUGCUCUUGGGGGGCUCUGCCCUGCGGCGCCCCCUCCCGCCUCCCCUGGCCUUGGCCUCUGGCUGCUCGGCCAGACCCUCCCUGCCUGGAUGUUGCAUGAGACCUAGUGACAUGCUCCCUCCGAGCCCCAUGCCAGGGCUGCCCGGGGCCUGGGCGCCAUGGUCCGCUCCUCCGCUUGGUCAGCUGCACGGCCCUGUGCCAGGAGCAGGGCCAGGCUGGGCCCCCGCAGCCCCGGGCUUGGGGAGGAGGCGGGAGGGUCCGGGUGGCGGGCAGCGGAGAAGAGAGGGGGCAGCUGGCAGGGGCUGGAGACGGGUGAGGGUCGCGGUCGGGGCGGUGAGCCAGGGGGGAAGAAUCCGGCCACCGGGGCGCACCCAGCACUUUGCGCCGACCCCCGGCCGCGAGCCCCGCGGGGGGAGACCAGCCCCUUUCUGUUUACUGCUGUCGAAGGUUCUGUUGUUUGUUUUUCGUUUGGCUUGUUUGCUUUUUAAGGGAAAAAGAAGUUUGUAAUUAUUUCGUCCA